UCCCGGUCAGCGGUCACCGUUCACCAGAAAAGAAAUACUGGGAGACACGGAGAUUCCAAGUAGUCGUCCCCAAGUCAACGAAACUCCAACGAACAAGCACAAAAGCAAGUAAGCAGAAAAUCUCCUUCUUAUUCUCUCUAGCCUCUAGGUCUUGAAAGCUAAACCAAGAGCAAUGGAAGAAGAAGAAGAGGGCAUUUCGAAGCCGACGGCAGUGACGGCCUGCACGGCCAUGGCCUUACUCUACGUUGCGAUUCUCUACGCGCCCACUCUGAUCCUCCGUCUCCCACCCCCUCCCUCCUUGAAGACCUUCAUGAUCCGACGGUUCGUGUGCACCGCUAUCUCCUCUAUUCUCUCACUCCUCGUCAGCGCUCUCAUCCUCCCCAUAAGAAGCAGCGAGGCAUCGAUUCUGUUCGGUGUUUACGGCAUCCGAGUGGACCAUAUUUGGCAAGCUGUGCUGUUUCCUCUUUCAUUGACUUCUCUGAUGUACGCCGGAUCUUUGGUGCUGAAGACUAUGUUAUUGGUGGACUCGCGGAGGGAAAACGCCACUCGCGAUGGCGAAGGCAUUUCAUUGCAAAAGUUCCUUGCUUCGAUAGUUUCGGUUGCUUCAAAUGUUUUGGUUUGGCGUAGUUAUGUUGUGGCACCACUUACUGAGGAGCUGGUUUUUAGAGCAUGUAUGAUACCUCUACUACUCUGUGGAGGAUUCAAACCAUACACUGUCAUACGUCUCUGCCCUAUUUUCUUCAGCUUGGCACAUCUAAACCAUUUAAUGGAGUUCUACAGCAAGAAAAACUAUAGCUUGAUCAAAACUUCCUUGGCUGUAGGUCUCCAGCUUGGUUACACUGUAAUCUUUGGGUCAUAUGCAUCUUUCCUCCUCAUUCGAACUGGACAUCUUCUUGCUCCGUUAGUUGCUCAUACAUUUUGCAAUUUUAUGGGAUUGCCCGUGCUGUUUUCACGAAGGAGUGGGAUGGUAAGUGUUGCAUUUCUUGCUGGAAUGGUGGGCUACCUCUGGCUUCUUUUUCCAAUGACACGCCCCGAUUUGUAUAAUGAUAGAUUAAAUAAUUGCAAAUGUUGGCAUGGAUAUUGUUCUUGGGACUGAGUAUGUGACAUUUUAUAAAAUAGCUUUUUUCUUUUUAUAAAGAAAACUUGAAGAUGAAGGGGGGUGGGGGAUAGCAAGAAAAGAAAAGAAGAUGGAAAAGGAAGAUAAGUUGAUGCAACCUUUGUGGUAUAUUAUGUUAUAUCAUGCUUUUUUUGGUUCCUUCAGGUAAUUGACCGUUGAUUUUGCUAUGAGAAGGAGAAGCCAGACUGAGAAUGACUGCUUUCUAAUCAAGAUAUCUGGACUUUUGGGUGAGAAAAUGUUAAAAGGAUGCAGAGGCGCCAAGAUUUAAAAACCAGCCUUCACAGCUCACACAAAAUUCCUCUGCUUUAAUAUAUGCAGACUACUCAAAGCCAUUCCACCCACAAGGCUCUUCGUCCACCCCGUUUUGCUCUUCACUAGCUUUGAUAGCCCCUUGGAUACCCAAACUUUCCUUGCCACUAUCGGUGUCUUGGCUGCCAUUGCUCUUUCUCUUGUUCUUGGUCUCAAGGAACCAAGGGCAGUUUCGGCACCAUUUAAGCAUUAUGGGUAUGAGAGGGACAAUUAUGUGACUCAUGGCUAGGGCUUCUAAAAUGAUGGUGGGCUAGGCCGUCCCAAGAUUCGCAAUGAUGGUUUGGAUUGGCUUCGAACCAUCAUCACCAUCUCCCCUUCCCCUCCCCCCUCUUUAUCAUCAAUUACUCUUUUGUUUUAUUUAUGCCCUCUUCUCUUGUAUUUUGAUUUAAAUAUAAUUUUUUUAAAAAAAUACACUUAAAUGUUUAGUAAAAUACAAUCAAGUGUUUGCAUUACAUUUAUAAAUA